AUGAACUUGGCACAAAGCGUUGCAGAACUGCUCGCCCAUUCUUCCCUCAGUGAUUCUCUUGUUUCAAUUGUCACCACAGCGGUGGCAUGCUCUCUAGGCUUCUUCUACUUUGCUUUCUAUAGUAAACGUGUCACUACAAACGCGACAUGGUAUGCUUUUACAAACGACGCCCUCAAAGACCAUUCUAAAGGGAAAGAGCAAUGGACUACCAACUGCCGGGAGCUUCUUUACGGAGGAUUGAAAAAGGUUAAAAGCGCCAUAGCAGUGAUUUCUCCUACUGGACCUGUCAUUUUCGUGCCAAACUCGUUCGCGCAUGAGAUUCGGAAUAUAAAGGAACUUGAUUUCGCAAAAGGCCUGGUAUCUGACUUCUUGGCUACUUAUUCAGGAUUGGAUCCGAUUGCAACAAUCGAUUACCACGACAUCAUGCAAGACGUCGUCCGGCUCGAUCUUACCCGAUCAUUAGAUGCUAUUGUUGGAGACAUGGACGCUGAAGUUGAAGCCGUUGUCAGGGAUGGACUGGGCAAUGUUCCAGACUGGAAAUCUAUAGAAUUGAAACCAUUCAUCUACCGUAUUAUUGCCCGGGUCUCUACUCUUGUUUUUCUUGGGCCAGAAGCUGCAAGCAACGACGACUGGCUUGAGAUAGCUGUAUCCUACACCAUAAAUCUUGUGCGGGCUGCCCUAAGACUCCGCACAGUACCUUCAUUCUUACGACCCAUUGCACAAUGGUGGAUUCCUGAGCUCAAGUUAUGCAGACAACAAGUUGCUAAAGCUCGAGAAAUCAUUAAUCCGAUUGCACAGGAUCGCAUGCGGAGAAAAGCCAGCGGAGAGAUUACAGAGAAGACUGCUGAUAUGAUGAGUUGGAUUGAUGACAAAGCCAGGGCGAAGGGUGUCAAGAUUGAUUUUGCCAGUCUUCAACUAAACUUCGCAGUGGCGGCACUGCAUACGACUACCGAAACACUAUCGUUUCUCAUGCUUGAUAUUCUCGAGCACGACAAUGGAAAUGAGCAUCAUGUCGAGCGACUAAGAAAAGAGAUGGUUUCGAUUCUAGCAGAACAUGGCUGGAGAAAGACGUCAUUGUCUUCAAUGACGUUACUGGAUAGUGCGAUGAAAGAAUCUCAACGUAUGAACACUCUAAGCAAUGUCGCAAUGCAACGCCAAGCCACAGCCACCAUAACGCUUUCCGACGGCACAAUCAUUCCCAAGGGCUACAAACUCGCCGUCGAAACCAAAAUGGACGACCCGGACCUCUAUCCCAACCCUGAAAAAUUUGAUCUAGAUCGGUUUGUCAAGCUCCGCGAGACUAACCGGAGUAAAUGGCAUUUCGUCACAGGGUCACCCGAACACACAGCGUUUGGUUACGGAAAGCACACUUGUCCUGGUCGCUUCUUUGCCAGCAAUGAGAUUAAAAUCAUUCUGACGCAAUUGCUGAUCAAGUACGAUUGGAAGCUUAGUGAAGAGCAAGGGCGAUUUCCGACUCUUUGCUCGGGAACGGAAGUUGCGGUUGAUCCCCGCCAGAAGAUUAUGGUGAAGAGUAGAUUGGAGGAGAUUGGUCUGAGCUCGCUUUGA